UCCUCUCCAUCUCAAGGCAGUCCUUUCAGAAGAGCAGGACUACUUCUUGUGUUCACAGAAGUCACCAUGGCCUGGUCCUGCAGCCUGAAGAGCCUCCUUACAGUCUUUGUCUUCACUGUCUUCUCUGUCAGCUCUGUGGAGAGUUACCAGUGUAUAGAACAUUUAUGUACAAGUUUGUCGUGUCCUUCGACCACAAGUGUUUGUUCAACCACUAAAGGCUGCUUCAACCAGAUGCAGAAAUUUGAUACACCAUCUACAAUUACAGACCACAUGUUGAAGGAAAAAGGGUGUUACACAGACACGUGCAGUGCAAUGACAUUCUCAGCAACACUGGGGGAUCAACGGAGAUUUAUCUAUGAGAACAGGUGCUGCACAUCUGAGAAAUGCAACCAAGAGGACAUAACUCCGCCUUCGUCUUCUGAACCCAAUGGUGUGGAAUGUGCUGCCUGCUACAACGAGAAAGAGAAGUCAUGCUCCUCAGUUACCACCCUGAAGUGCACAGGGAGUGAGAAAAAGUGUAUCGAGGUUACCGGCACGGCGGUUGAAACUUCCACUUUAAGGCUGUACGGGAAAGGCUGUGCAACUGAGAACGCCUGCAAUCUGAAAACGAAUGUCCUCAAUGGCAUACAAAUCCAAGCCUCAUGCAUCUCACCCGUUUCAAACCAUGGAAACCCUGCCCUCAAAUCCAUUUCAUCAGCUCCCAUUAUUCUGCUCUUGCUGAAAGUCCUGCUUUGA